UCCGAUCAAUCCCAAGUAUAUGGAAAUUCAUCAAUGUCAUAAUUUUUCUUUAGGAAAUUUACUCAAUGUCUUUUGAAAACAACUAGCAUACUGAAUUGUCAAGAAAACAGUGAAUGUAUGAAUGUACAUCAUUUCUAGAAAAUAUUUUGAACAAACAUGCAAUUUUAGAUGUUGACGUUGCUGGCUGUCCAUAGUUGUGUUUGAUCGGAUCGAUCGCAACUCUUUGUAAGACGGGGCCCAGGUCAGCCAACCAGUAAGAUUUUAAUAGAUUUAAAAGAUUUUUUUUUUCUUUCAAAUUAGCAAAAUUAAAGCAAAAGUCAGAUUAUUUGAAGUAUGAGUCAUAUACUUUUGAUAGUGUGUACAUGUAAUUGCCCCAAAUAAGAUUUGUUUUUUUGUUUCAAUAGGAUUUUUAAUUUCUAAAAAAUUCAUAUCUCCAUUUACAAAAAUGAGUACAAAGUUUCCCUUUCUUUUAAUAGCGAUGUCGUUUUCAGUUUUCUUGUUACUCAUUAAGUAUUAAAGGGUUUUAUCCCUUUUUCAUUGAUUCUGCAGGUGGGUUUGCCCUGGUCUUCCUGGUCAAAGGUCGCAAUGGAGUACACUACGCCCUCAAGAGGAUGUUUGUCAACAACGAGCAGGAUUUGGUCGUCUGCAAGAGAGAGAUCAAGAUCAUGUCUACACUGUCGGGUCACAAGAACAUUGUGCCCUAUGUCGAUUCCAGCAUCACACGCAGCAACAGUGGAGUCUAUGAAGUCCUCAUUUUGAUGGAGUAUUGUAGAGACGGCCAUGUUGUCCAGCAGAUGAACGAGAGGCUUUCGAUAGGGUUCACGGAGCAAGAAGUCCUGAGAAUAUUCUGCAAUGUCUGCGAGGCUGUCUCAAGGCUUCAUCAUUGUCAGACACCCAUCAUCCACAGAGACCUCAAGGUUGAAAACAUCCUGUUGCAUCGGAGUGGUAACUACAUGCUUUGUGACUUUGGCAGUGCUACGGGACGUGUUCUGGAUCCUAAGCUCCACAGUAUCAAUGACAUUAAGGAUGAGAUUGAGAAAUACACUACCGUGUCCUAUCGUUCUCCAGAAAUGAUUGACUUGUAUUCAGAGAAACCUAUUACAACCAAAGCAGAUAUAUGGGCAUUAGGAUGUAUGCUGUACAAGUUGUGUUUCUUCACUCUCCCAUUUGGAGAAAGCAGUCUAGCAAUACAGAGUGGAAACUUCACGAUACCGGACAAUUCCAAGUACUCAAGGGAGAUACAUGCUCUUAUACGAUUCAUGUUGGAAGUGGAUGUUGAGAAAAGACCAGACAUAUUCCAGGUUUCCUACGUAGCAUUCAAAGCUGCUGGCGUGGAUACACCCAUUCAAAACCUACAUAAAUCGCCAGUACCUGAUGGGAGCAAGCUUCCCCUCCCACUGACCGAAAGCGAACAGAGACAACAACAUUCCAGGAAUAAAACAAACAACCAAAAUAGAACCCCAGCUGGUCCCAUGGAGGUCAGUACCUCUGUCACCCCCAGGCAGAGACCGAAGGCAUCUCAACAGGGCAUGGCCCCGGCCGCAGGGGGCCUCUCACUCCCGACCCCAUCCUCCAUCACCAGGCAACGAUCAUCAAAGCAUGGGCAGCCACCGACGGGAGCAGCGGCGGCAGCAGCAGCACAGAGGAUCAGUCCCCCUCAAGUUCAAGCACAACAAGCAGCGCAGCAACAGCAACAUCAGCAGCAACUGAUACAAGAACAACAGCUUGCCCAGCAACAAAACAAACAAAGACUCCUUGCUCUUGCCCAACAACAGCAGCAGCAGCAGCAACAACAACAACAGCAGCAGCAGCAGCAGCAACAACAGCAGCAAAUGGCAUACAAUAAUGCCCAAGCCCCAGUUGCUUAUGGACCACAGCAGCAGCAAGUUGCUGGGUUUGGGCAGGGGCAGCCACAGCAAGUUGCUUACGCCGGUCAGCAAGGUUUCCAACAGCCUUUCCAACAGCCACAACCGACUCCGCAGCAGCCCGGGUUUGGGCAACACGGUGCUUUUUCCAGACCCCCGCAACUUAGCUUCGAGCAACAAGCAAGCAUUCAGGCACAGUAUGCGCAGCAACAGGCUGCCUUGCAGCAACAGCAGCAGCAGCAACAACAGGCAGCACUUCAACAACAGCAGCAGGCAGCUUUGCAACAACAGCAACAGGCUGCUUAUCAACAGCAGCAACAGGCUUUGUUACAACAACAGCAGCAGCAGCAACAGCAACAAGCAGCAUAUCUCAGUCAACAGGCUGCUUUAGAACAACAAGCUGCAUUACAGCAACAGCAACUAGCAUACCAGCAACAGCAACAACUAGCUGCACAACAACAACAACAGUACCAGGCCUCCUCGCCACCUCCGUACUCCCAGCCGCCACAGUUCAUACCACCCGAGCAACAGGCGAUGUACCAACAGCAACAGUCGGCUUUACAACAGCAACAGGCGCAACAGCAGCAGUUCCUUCAGGCCCAGGCCUUGGCCCAGCAAGCCCAGGCUGCUGGGGCCGUUGGCACCUUGGUAGAAGGUAGGCUGGACGAUAUCAAUGUGCCAGUCUUGGAGGGGAAAAACAAAUUUGAUGGUGACCAUGUGAGUCCUGUCCAAGACCUUGCAAGUCCUACCAACCCAUUUGGUCCGCAGGCUGCCAUCUUGGCCUCCCAGCUUGCGGCAGGCCCGGGAGACGAUGAAGAUCUAGACAGUGAAUUUGAUCAACUAAGGAAAGUCAGUCCAGAAACAACCACCAAUGCCACUCAGCCACAGACGCCGGGAGUCUCCAACCCUUCCCACACUACCGAUGUCUUUGGUGCUGUCCCAUUUAAUCUUGGUGAAGGACGGCCUCACUCUGGAGGUGCAGCUGAGAUGGAGCAUAUAGCCAGUGGUGCCGCUGGACAGCAGACCCAAGCCCAAGGGCACGUCAUGGAGUCCUCACCGCCUCUGGUUGUAGGAGCAGGGGAGCCAAGGAAAGUGGGUGGUACGGUGGACGUCUUCGGAGCGACGCCUUUUGGUCUUAGCGGGGGCAAUCAAGCUGCGCAGCCCUCGCAGACAUACCAGCAGCAACGGAACAUGAGCCCCCAGGAAGCCGACCUUCUAGGAGCCAUGGCUCUCGAACCACAGCCAGAGUCGGCAUCCACCCCUCGCAUCAGGGUCGGGUUUGAGGAUGACUUUGUUCGGGAGGGGAAGCAGGACGGGAGGUCGGAAAGACUGACCAGUACAGGAUCAUCCAGCAGCUUCGGUUUGGAUAGGUCGAUACGAGAGCUGGAUGAAUUCGGGGCAAAGCCAUUCGGAACUGUCAGGCAGCAGAGGGGAAGCGAGUCGAGUAGCGAUCACGAGGGGGAAAGGUUGUCAAGUAGCCUUCGAGAUUUCAGCUAUGAUACCUUUGAUAGUGAUUCUAUUGAUAUUCGGAAGGAUGAGGAGCAUGCUCACAGGGGGUUACUUGAUCAGGAAGAGUCUUCGGAAGAUGAAUCCGAUGACGAUUCUGAUCACCAGGACUUUGACGAAGUUGGUGCCCAGCCCCUGAUGGGCGAUGAUGGCCACGGUCUAUCGGAUGCGGAGUUAGCCAGUCUGAAUCUGCGUGAGGACCUGCCUUCUAGCAAAGUGCCGAAAAAAUCUGAGCCGCCUGUUGCGCAGCUCAUUGACAUGACCGAUGAUGACCCCUUCAGUCAAGCCCCAUUCAAAGCGAAGACUGGGAGUCUGAAACGUGCCACUGAGCCAGUGGGAAUGUGUGCUCUCACCCCUCCUAUUUCUCCCCCGAUGCAGGAAGAGGAUCCAUUCGGAGAGGCCCCUUUUAAUCCUCGUACCGGACUGCAGCGCGAGACCAGCAAGUCGUCCGUUGGCUCGGCCGGCUCGGAUGUCUUCUCAAAGGCACCUUUCUCAGCUUCGUCCAAGAAGCGGCAGGGUACUGGGUCGGAGGUGAGGCGUGCCAAAACGCAGCAUGUUUCCGGGGAACAAACAACAACACUUGGUAACCCAACACCGCCCAUCUCACCAACUGAGCUAGGAGCUCAGGGGAUGUCUUCUAAGAUGGCCAAGCAAGAGCCUGAUAUGUUUGGUGCUGUUCCAUUUCAUGCUGUAACAUCCCAGGGCUCGGAUUUGGAGAUGAGCGGUCAAGAAGAUGCAAAGAAAUCGGGUCCAGCCACUCACAAGCGCCCACAUGUGGUGAGCACAGCUGUCGGCGUGCGUCGUUCAAGCAGGACUUCUUCUGGAGGCCGUAGACGUCGUAGCGGAAGCAACAGCUCUCGUUCCUCGCGUCGCAGCAGUUCCAGUUCUGCCUCCAACUCCCUCAAGUCGAGCCCGGGCAGCCAGCCCAGACUGCGAGGAUCACAAGACAGUCUAGAUGCAUUCGGCUCGCGUCCGUUCGCACUAGGGGACGACGGACAGCCCAAGCCGGUCGAUACCAAGCUUGGUUUUGAGGACUCGUUCGGGCGGAAGCUCACGCCACCCCAACCCCACAAACAGUUCUCCCUUCCUGUGACAAGGGCGGUUGAUGACUUUGGAGCACAGCCUUUCACAAGUCCAGACUCGCCCGCCGCUCCGGCCGGGUUCGAUGACGUCGACCCUUUCGGGGCCGCUCCGUUCAAGCCACCAGCAAUUACAGGACCAGUGAAGCGGCAGGGUGCUAGGAGGGCGAGGGGUCCGUCGGGAGAGGAGAAGUCUCCAGAGAAGGUGAACUUUCCGUCCCGACAAAGACGUAGCUUUCAAACAGACCUGUGAACUCAUCUUUUGCUAGCAGUUCGAUCAUAACAUGAAAAUAUGCCAUAGCAGAUUGAACCUUGUUUCAUCCAGUUGGUAGAUUGUGCUAUAAAUCUCUGUUGCAGUUGUAUGUUAUUGAACCCGCAGAUUUUUUUUUUCCAACCAGUAUGGGAUCCAGCAUAUCUUUUAGAUCUGAUUUUGCAUGUACAUUGUAAUAUGGGUCAAUUAUAUUCUCUGUUCUUGGUCGAGGGAAAGGAAAAGGACAAAAUGGGGAUACCUAUGAGAUUCUAUUAGUAUAAAGAGAGAAGAGAGAGAUAUCGAAAUGCAUCAAAAACUUUUUUUUCUAUUCUAUUACAAGGCUCAGACUUGAUGAUCAAUAUAAAGUAGAAUCCUUGGGGGGAGAAAAUCACCAAAAUUCUUUAAUUUGUCGAAUGGAUUACAUGUAUGCCUUGUUUCAUACCAACAUUAGUUUGGUUGUUUGUUUUCUUUUUGCAGUUUUCCCUUUUUUUUUGUUAUUGAUAUUAUAGUCUUGAUUUUCUUUACAAAUUGAAUGCUGGUUAUAAUUUCAAUUAGUUUCUGAUAUUAUCUCAACAUUGUGCUCAUAUUCUUCAUCGGUCUCUCUAUCUGACCAGUGCAAGUUAAGGGGCAAAUUGCUCAAGAUAUAGGUUCAGUAAAAUCAUGAUAGGCCAAUCCUUAUUUAACUGGUGCUAAAUCUAAAAGAGAAAAGAGUUGAAGAUUAUUUGAUAUUGGUCAUUUAAAAGUGUUGGCAUUGGUGUCACCUUUACUUUGAGCGAGCUAUGUAGCUGUACAGUGAACAUUUCUGUACAUGUAUAUAUAAUUAUAUAUAUAUUUGUAUUAAAAUUUCAUACAAGAAACAAUAAAUUAGGAGCUAGUUUCAUAAAUUAUUCUAGUGAUCUUUGUUUCAAUAUCAUAAUUGUUUUUGGUUUGUCACAAUACAAAUGCAAUUGACAUCUCCACUAACAAUUCUGUAAACAUGUGACAUAUUAAUGAUUAUAUUGCACUUAGGACAAUUAUUAUUAUGAUGUGGUGUAUAGACCAAAUAUAUCUUUCUGUGAUGGAGAAAAAUAAGUUGGCAGUUGAGUUGUUUUCCAGGAGCAUAAUUUUGAAGAUCUAUGUUGGAAAUUAUUACAGAAAUUGCAGAGAAAUUAAAAUCUAAAGAGGUCUUAAAUUCCACCGGACCUACUUCAGUGAUCAGUUUAUCUUCGUUCAAAGUUUAUUUGAAGACAAAUUUAAAGAUUCUGUGCCAUUUCCCCCAACUUGAAUUAUAAAAAGUUGUGCUCGUUGAAUGCUCUUCAAUGUUUAAAAUUUCUAUGAUGUCACAGAGCGAAAUUUGUAACAAAUGGGAGGUAUGUGCUCAUAUCAACAAUAAAAACUAUGCGACGGGCAACAGUGUAUUUACUACAUGAUCCUGUAUGCCUCCAGAUUUUUCUUGAUGAUGUAUAAAUAUAUAGAUCUUAUAUACAUAUUUACAUGUAAAUGAAAGUUGUAUUUUUCCCAUUGUCAAUGUUUCGUCGUCUUUAUAUUGUAAGUUUUUAGAUUGUUUUUACUCCCUAUUAUCCUGUUUUGUACAGAGUACAGAUAUCAAUAUUUCAUUCUUUUCUUUUGAAGGGGUUUCAUUGCUUAUUGGGACAAAAUGUGUUUGAUGGUGCGGGGAAAAUUGAGAUGAUUACGAAAAAUAUGAUCUGUUCAGGAACAUGUGCUUAAGUCAACAGGGUCCUUGGACGGUGAUUUUACAAAACCUG